AUGUACAGAAUAGAUGUUUCAGAUUUUUAUGACUUCCAAGCGUUCAGAAAUAUGUGUCCAUUUAGAGACUAUAACAAAGCAGUCGAGAAUUUGAAACGUUUAGUCAUUUAUGUUGACUCUGCCCCAGAAUGUUAUGUCAUGAAAGAAUGGGAUGUUGUCUUUAACAAACCAAGAGCAACAAUAGUUUCAGAACAAGAAUGUAGACAGAAACUUAAGAAAAUAAAAGUCGUACAAGUUGGCAUGAAGAUGUUAGAUGCUUGGGAUAUCUUAUUGUCAAAGUUAGAAGAUUUU